AUGAGCCCAUCGAUCAUUCGACAAAUUUUGGACCUCUUCGGACAUCUCCUUUUCGGUGUUGCUCAGCCAGGCGUGGUCCCUGUUGAAUAUGUGCACGACAUUGACCCUCAGACAGAUGGAUGGAGUUGUGGAUAUCGAGCAAUUGGGGUUGUGAUGGAUUUGUUGAGGGACAGGCCUCAAAAUUACGAUGCUCGCUCGCUCUAUGACUUGUACAUUUGGGCGAAUCGCGAUGGAUCGCACUCGUGGCACGAAUUUAUGAAGUUCCCGUAUCGUAGCUAUCGCCUCCGGAAUUAUGUUAGAAAUGGCAUUGUUGUGUUCACCGAGGAAUUCUACAAGGAGAAAGGCGACAAAACGAUCAGCGAUGAGAUCCGCACGCACUCGUCGAUCGCAGCCUCCGUACGUCCACAGCGAACACGACGCCCAGUGCUGCUUGGCAAAAUCACGAAGAAAAAUUGCUUG